AUGGAUAUUGCUGUUGAUGGUUGGGCAUUAACUCUUCUUAGCCCAGAGAACAAAGGGUUAGCAUCUACAUGUAAUACAGUAGGACAAACCCUUGGUUAUUGUUUAUCUUAUGCUGCUUUCUUAUCCCUUAAUGAUCAACAUUUCUCUCAUCGUUUCUUAGGGACACCACAAGGACAAUCUGCUGUUGAUCUACCUUCCUUUAUUAGGUUUUGGGGUUGGGUGUUUGUUAUAACAACAACAGUAAUAUUACUUUUCUUUAAGGAAGAAAAUCCAACAGAUAAACAGCAGCAGCAGCAGCAGCAGCAGCAGCAGCAACUGCAACAAAUACAUACACUGCAGCAGCAGCAGCAGCAGCAACAGCAGCAAAGGUUUACACCAUCUAGACAUGUAGAGGCACAAACUUAUGCAGGACCAAUCAGCGGAGGAGAAGAGAUACAUUUCUUCUCUGAUAAUGUCUUACCACCCAAUGCUGAGGGUUUAGUUAAUGAAGAAGAAGGAUGUUGUGAACCAAAGGGAGCACUAGACUCUUAUCGUCUCCUAUGGAAGAUGGCAUUCUUUGCUAGGGUUUCUGAUCCUCGUAUUGGUGGAUCUUAUAUGACCUUCUUAAACACUAUUGCUAAUAUUGGAUCACAGUGGCCUCGUGCUGUGAGUUUGUGGUUGAUGGAUCCUCUCACCAUCAGAGACUGCACCGGUGUUGACACAUCAGUUGCUGGUGCGAAGUGCCCAGUUGUAUUGGAUGGAUAUUUUGUUCAAAUUGGCGGAUGCUUCAUCCUCGAUAAUUUGUGCAUCUAG